AUGGCCUCCUACGGGCUUUUAGGCCAGCCAGAAGAAGAUGCUCUCCACAAGUCGCGCCUCCUGAACGUCGAAGAGAAGCCCUUCAAACGCAUUUCCAAGCGCUUGCUAAACCCAGAGUCCCUCAUCGCCGACACAUCAUUACCACUGACGCCUCCUCCGGACGCUGCCGUAGACCUCACUAACGGCCCCGAUGACAAACGACAGAAGCGCGUCGAGGAAUGGCGAACAUUUCGCGAAGACGUCGCACUCGACUUUGCUGCAUUCGAAGGCAGUAUCGCUCGCAUACAAUUCCUCCUCAACAGUAACGAAGCGGAGCGUCAACGGUAUGCAUCGGAGAAAUUAGCCAUCCUGGACAAAAUGCAGGCCGUACGCCAAAAUACGAUCGACUUGCGAUCGCAGCUUGAGGAGGCACAAAGGCUUCUUGCCCUACGCAAAAGCUACGAUGAUCUAGCCGACAAAAUCACAAGCAAUCGUCUUCUGAAACCUCGGGAGGAUCAGCAAGCGAACUUGCAAAAACUCCAGACCGAGAUCAUGGAGCUUGAGAAAGAGAGCAAGGACUAUGCGACAACGUGGGCUGAGCGUCGGGAACAGUUUGGUCGCAUUGUGGAGGAAGGCAUGCAGCUUCGCCGCUUGAUCCGCGACGAGAAGGAGGAGGUUGAGCGACGGGAAGGAAUGCAGGAAGGCGGCGAUGCCGAUGACGGCGACGCAACCUCCAAGGGCAAGCCCAGUGCUGCCAAUAGUCCUCUUCCGGACGGUGAAGACACCACUCCCUCGCAUCACAGCCAAGACGAGAGCAGUCGGCUGCACGUUGAGAAGUCCUUUGGGGCUCCGGGCGCCGCCUCUCCUCUCCGCCAGGCUGUCAGCGCAGAGGCCAACAAAGGCUCAAGGGAACAAGAGGAUGCCAAUAUGGCCGACGAAGGAGAGGUCACCGCUGAGGACGCUGGAGAGCUGUCCGAGGAAUUAGAGGAAGGGGAAGAACUACCUGAUGAGAGGAUGGAUACCUCCUAA